GGAGUUUCUGGUUAUGUGGAACAUCCAUUUUGGGAGGAUCUAGAUGUAGGACCAUCUCAGUUCCUGUGUCAAGACCUCCUACAUGGUGCACACAAAUUCUUCUGGGAUCAUCCAUGUAAAUGGAUUGCAAGGCUGAUAGGGGUCAAAACACUUGACAGGCGUAUUUCUCUUCUCCCUAAAGAAGGCCGUUGCCAGUUCAAACAUGGUCUCUCAAAGUUAAAGCAAGCAUCUGGGCGGGAGCACAGAGAUGUUCAGAAAUACAUUGCACCAGCAUUGGCUCAGGCACCAAAUGUCUCACCUCCCUUUACUUCCCUCAUCAUUGCCCUCCUCCAUAUCAUCUCAAUCCUCCAGCUCCUGAUGAUUGAUGAUUGCAUCUUGCAAGAGCUUGAAAAGCAUCUGGAAGCAAUGUAUUCCCAUGCUGAUGAGCUUAUCAACCUUGGCAUCCAAACUAAUCUUUGGAUAUCAAAACUCAUGGCUCUGGCACACUUCCAACAGGAUAUCAUUCUAGGUGGGGUUCCAAGCAAUUGGAGCUCUGAGACACCUGAAACCCUCCAUAAAGUGCUACCCAAAUCACUCUAUGAUCAAACAAACCACCUAAAUUUUCAACUCCAAAUGAUAUCAAUGCUGACCAUUCAUGAGAAGGAAAGGGUGCAACAUGAGUAUGUGAGGUGGCACUCAUUAAUUGCUGAGCCACAACUAGUACCACACAAUGAU